AAUGAAUGAAUAUGGAUUCCCUCCACAUUUACUUCUUAGUUUUAUGGGUUCACCAUAUUAAUAGAUUCCUUGGGCUCCUAUCACACUUGCAAACGGAUAAAAAUAUUCUCCACCUCCUACAAGUUGGGUUUGGGAUAUGCCUAAUAUGAACAAGUAUUUAAUUAAUAUAUAUAUCAAUUAGUCCAUUUUUAACAACUCAACCUUAUAGUCCUAAUUGGUAAAUGGCACCAGUUUUGAUUCCAGGAUUAGAUAAAGAUGGUAAUUAUUCAACUAAAGAUACAAUUGGAUUUUAAGAUACUCCUUUGAAUUGGAUAAAUCCAGAAAUUAUCUAUUAUGAUUUAAGAUACAUCUUCGUUUCUUAUAAUGCUACCGCAAAUAGAUGGUUCCCUACAUUUAAUGAAUGGGAUAACCAAUUUUCUGAUCAAUUAUGCAGAUACUUUGAUAGAUCAGAUUCACUUCUUGAAGGAUCUGGAUAUCCAAUCAAUACAAAUGCUUGUUUCAAAACUGCAGCACUUAAAUAUGCUUAAACCUCUUACUUUGUUGCUGUUGUAUUAGUCUAAUGGUCUAAUGUAUUUUCAUGCAAAUGUAAAUUCUUAUCUUAUAUCUUUAGAACGUAAAAUGUCAGUUAUUUAUUCACCUAUUAACACUGUCAUGUUUUAUGGAGUUAUUCUUGAAACUAUUAUUUUCAUUUGCAUUGUCUACAUUCCAGGAGUCAAUACUUGGUUUGGUGCUAGACCAGUCGAUAUACUGAAUUUAGGGUAUUAAAUAAUUUGUUAAUUUUUUAUAGUAUGCCUGGUCUCCCAUAUUCAAUGUGUCUAUUUUGUUGGGAAGAAAUGCGUAAAUACUUUAUUAGAAACUUCUAAAAGCCCAGCAAAUAUGAACCAAAUUUCUUUGAAGCAAAUUCACUAUGGUGAGU